AUGAAUCUGUUUACUGAUAAAUGUAAAGAGUGGAAAAAACGUUCGAAACUGCGAUUAUUACUGCUGAAGCUCGGGAUUUCCGAAGAUGAAAUGUUCUGCAAUUUUAUUGUCCAAAGCAGCCAGCCGACACAACAUUCAGAGAGACAAAAUGUUUACCCCAGUGCUUCUUUUACUGACUUUGUCGCUUUUGGCCUGCAUUUAAAGACCUGCGAUAAUCCCGAUGUAAAGAAGUACAUUUUCGACUGUAUUGAAUCCUUACGACACCAGAUUUCGGAGAUCAAUGAAUUUCGUGUUGUAAUUAAAUCUAUAUCGGCCAGUCCAUUUGAAUCGAAACCCAUUGAAUCACUUGUUUUACAGUUCAAUAAACUAAAUGAAGAGUUUAUCCGACAGGAUAUUUGUUUCUCGUUACUACAAGAAUAUUUUGCUACUAUAUUGAUUCGUUUGAAAAUUCUUGACUCUUUUCUGCAACCCCUAGAGUUUGAGACGACUUGGGAACCAUGGGUACAUUUCUGUUCGUCUUCAUGUCAAAAUGAAAAUCCUACAAUGUCAUGGAGUUUGAUACCAAAUAACAAUACAAAUGUUACUAAUUCCGGUUCAGUUUAUCCUAUCAAAUCAUUCCAAACUGAAGAUAUUCAAAUGCAAGUGUUUUUACUUCAGUAUUGA